AUGGCUGCCGCGAGGGAACUGGAAGAUUAUCUGGAGACUGGAAGAUACAAGGAUGGCUUGAGCAAAUGUAACAAGCUGUUGAAAAAGUCACCGGCCAAUAACCAACUCUUGUACUUCAAGGCAAACUUCCUCUUCAGCAUGAUGCAAACCGAUGAAGGCAAUCAGAUUCUGGAUCAGCUUUGUAGUAGAAAUCCUCCUAUUGUUGAUCUUACUUUGAUCUCGGAUCUCGAUGAGUUGGCUACAAUGGCUAUUGUGGAUGAUUACCCACGCGCGCUGAGUAACGGACCACGAGCUGGCAAGUUGUGGACAAAUGCAACCAAUUCGGCGGGUAAAAACGGUGUGAUUGCUAUCAAUCAGAAGCGCUUCACGAUUGCAGUGAGCGAGCAAAGAUGGCAAGAUGCGGCUACUGCGUUAAUUGCAAUGAAGAAGGCAGACCCUUUGAACAGGCGUUACAAGCUAGCACACAUUGCUGUUCAGCAGUUACUCAGCGAGGCAGAUAAGGACGAAAAGGUGGCUGGCAUGAAUCGUAUUCUUGCUUUCCGAACUCUCAAACAGAUGCCGGUCGAGGAUUCUGCACAGCUGAGACUUAUGAUGAAUCUCUACCGCAGACAGGGGCAGAAGAAGGACAUGAUCGAAGCCUUGGACUCGUUCAAGGAUAAGCCGGAUGACAAGCUUGCUAAACAAAUCAUGAGUGAUUGGCCUUUCACAAGACAAAAGAUCCAAUUGUACAUUGCGGAAUCUCGAUGGCAGGAGGUUCUCGAUCUGUGCUCCUCUCUGCUGGAUGAGAACUCUCCAGACGGUACACUAAAAGUAAGAGACGACUGGGUUGUUUGGGAUGGCCUAGUAAGAGCUGCAGCCAAGCUCGGCAAGCCGGACGUCACACCUGCUGUCACCGAGAAGGAUGACUGGAGAAUCAAGCGACUACAGAUGAUGGCCAAUGUACAGGCUACAGUCUUAUCUGAGGCAGAGACAGAUACGAGGACGAAGUCACAAGAGACUUUGCAGUCUGCAAAGGAGUUUUUUACGGAGUGGCAGUCAUACCCUUUCUGCUACGGUGAUAUCAGAGAAUUCGUGGACGAUCUGCCAUCUGAGGCCCAGCAAGAGUUCCUUGACCACGUCUCUCAGACUUCGAUGAAGCUGACCAACUCCGACGCUGCAAAGAAGUCAACGAAGGCCUCCGAUCUGCUCAAUUCAGAGAUCAACGCGUUGAAGUUUCAGUACCGCAUUAACAUCGGCAUUACCAAGCCAAAAGCAGAUGUUAUCAAGAACUUCGCGUGCGAGUGCAUUCGACUCAUGGAGACUAGCUCACAGAGCAAGUUACUUCUGUCCGAUGCUUGCUAUCUAGCUGUCUCAGCACUCAUCAGACUAUAUGAGCUUGAGAGUGACAUUACGUAUCUCUUCCAGGCCGCAUACCUCCUUGAGACUGGUCCUGUGACUGAGGACGCACACCCCGGUAAAGUCCUGCUCGUGUACCUCGAGACCGAGCUGGGCCUACAUUCUCUGGCCAUGAAGCAAUAUGCCAGUCUGCGUGUGCGAGAGAUACAGCAAGAGACGAUGGCUCAUUCUCUCCUCACAAGAAUUUCUGUCAACCAUCCCUUCGCACUUGAUCAGAGAGGAGAGGCAUCAGUCGAUCCCUAUGAGAUCAUCGACAACGCCUUGGACAUGUUCUUUGCGACCGACAAGAAACUUGCGCACUCGCAAUCCUCACUCCUGAAGCAGGGACAAUGUGAUUUGGUCUUUGAGCUGCAGGAGCUGCGGGACACGCUCGAGCACAGCUUCACCAGGCGCAUGCUUAUCCUUGAACAAUGCAGAAUGGCUCGCUUGACUGACAAUCCAUUCCAUCCUCGCACCCCAGACAUUCGACCGAGCAUCUUCGAAGGCUGGACGCAGGACCUCAAAGACAGCAGAGAUUACGCAGAGACAUUCAACUUUGAUGGUGUUGGUACUGAGAGCACACCCGAGCGUAGAUUACACAGUGCGGGUAAGAUUCCGAACGUCAACUGGAUCUCACAAGCUAUUGUAAACGAGGACGUUUGGGCUUUGCUUUCCAGCAGACCCACUGUGUGCGCCAAGUCGAGCUGUGUCACAGAAGAGGAAGCUGCUGCAUUUGCAGCGGCAGGUGCCAAUGAGCUCACUCCGACCGAAAAGGCAUUAGCAAAGCCUUGGGCACAACUGCUCCAGGCUACAAAAUCGCUACUUGGUACCAAUGAAAUCAAGCCCGAUGCUGGACUACUCGAUCGUCUCGCCAAGUCUACCCAAGAGCUCUCCACAUCUGAUAUUCUCGGCAUCCAGAAGGCGUCUGGUCUACCACCGUCGAGCUACACGCUGCAGCCCUACUUCUUGCUACUCGACUUUAUCCGCAGCGCCGCCUUCUUCUGCAACGUCGCCACCGAUGUGGAGAAGAAAAAGCGUCAAGGCAAUCGUCUGCCUCCUCAGCCUGUACAGCGCAUCCGUGAUGCCGUGGCUAAACACUUCGUAGCUUUGCAGACACUCGCGCGCGAGCAAAAAGCAAAGAUUGACGGUAGAGAUAUGGUGCAGGCAUUGCGUGAAGGAACCACAGGCGAUGCCAUGGCCGAGGCUGCGUUUUUGAGUCAGGGCAUUAGAACCUUUGCUACAAAGGCCGAAGCUAGUGCUUUGGAUGCUUGGGAGGGUGUGUUGAAGGUUAGACUUGGACUUAAAUAG